AUAAAUAUUAACAAAACACGGGAGAAAGUCGAAAAAGAGUAUAUCGAUAAAAAGGAAGAAGCAGAAAGAAUCAAUGCUAUAUUGUAUGAUGGUUAUAGACUAGGCUUCUAUGAAAACAAAGAAUUUAUUGGCAUAUUUUUCCUUAAUGAAAAUGUCGUAAAAAAAUUGAUUUACUUAAUUUUAAAUGAUGAAAAAAAAGUAUUCAGUUCGGAAAACUUGAUAAACGAUUUUCAAAAAACACAAUCAUUAGGCAACUUUGCUCGACGAUUGUUCUUUAUCUUAGAGAAUACUCAGGAUUAUCUGAAAAAAGUGCAUUCGCUUUCUGCUUUUUUUGAAGUAGAAAUUGGCGAAAACGAGAACGAAAGAAUAAAUAAAUGCCUUUUCUCUUUACAAACUGCUUUUGCUUUUUCUUUGAAAAUAAUUUCUCUCAAAGGUUUAGAAAAGAAAUUUAGUUUUAGCGACCCUAUCAAUUUAAAAAGGAUUUCUCUUUCUUCACGGGAUGAAUUGAAAAAAUUUUUAGUUGAUUUGGAAAGUGAAGUUUUUGAAAAAUGCGAAAAUGAAAUACGAAAAAUUAUAGAGCAAAUAUCCGAAUAUGAAAACAUCAAUUACAAAGAUGAUGAUGUUGUGGCUACUAAUUUCUUUAUCGAUUUGUAUCCAGACUUAGUUAUCGAAGAAGCCGCUAAAAACAGCAAGAGUAAAGUAUCUAUUAUCAAAAUAUUGGAUCCGGCUUGCGAUUUAAAUCCCAUUGCUGUUCUGCAAGCGAGAAUUAACUAUUUACUAACCAUCAGAAAUUAUUAUCAAAAAGAAGAAACCAUUGAAAUACCCUUGGAUACGCAAAUUGAAGAAAUUAUUGGAAUUUACCUUCCUAUGGGAAUUGAGUUAUCAGACGGCUUUUUUGGGAAAUUGUUUAGAAACAUCAGAGAUGUUAAACAAGAUGCAGUUAAAAAUAUAACUGAAAUUUUUCGUGAAGACCUUGGUAUUAACUCUGAAGAAGAAUUAAAAUGCAUCGAAAAAAAUGGCCUUCAAAUUAAUCGAUCUAUAUUUGGUGUCCCACGAAAUAUUGGUGGCAAUAAUUUAAAUGUUUGUGCUUUAAUGGCUAAUGUAGUAGCCUCGCGAAAACUUAAUUAUAAAACAGGCUGCUUGGGUUUUAUCAUGCCGAAAAGUUUAUUGUUUAAUUCUUCUUAUGAAGGGUUUCGCCCUUUUAUAUUAGAAAGCGGGGAAAGGUUGUAUUUACAAAAAUACUUUAAUUUUGAUAAUGUUAAGAGACCUUUUGGAGAGGUAGACUUACCAUUUGGAAUUUAUUUUUAUUCUUCUCAACCAGUAGAUUAUCAGCAAGGAAUAGAACAGAUCAUUUUUUACUCCAAAAAAAACCAACAAGAUAAAGGAAAGAACUUGCUGGUUUCUAUACAAAAAGACAGCAAUAAUUUUUCGGUAGUAGAUAAUGAAGAAGAGUUAAAGUUCUUUAAACUAAUUCAAGGAGAAUUUGCUUAUAAAUUUCGCACCGGUGUCUCUGUGACUAGGAAAGAUAUUUGCCGCUUUUUCUAUGAAAAAAAGCGUUCGUCUGCAACUUCUUAUUUUAUUAGAAACCAGAAGGGCAAAAAAAUUAAAAUGAGUGAAAAUUUAGCUCCUUCAAUAGAAUUAGAAAAUGAAAUGAUGUAUCCUUAUAUAACUACUUCCAAUCUCUCUCCAUUUAAAAAGAAUGAAAAAGAAAUCGAAUGA